GAAGAGACAGGCCCACUUUCCCCAAACUCUACAAGGGAGCGUCCGUAGUUGCAGAUAGAAGCAACAGGUAACAAAGAUGGCUGGAACAGCAAGACACGACCGGGAGAUGGCAAUCCAGGCCAAAAGAAACCUGUCGAAAACCACAGACCCAAUCGAGAAACUCCGGCUUCAGUGCCUGUCAAGGGGUUCCGCAGGCAUCAAAGGCCUCGCCAGGGUCUUCCGCAUCAUGGAUGAUGACAACAGCAAGACUCUUGAUUUCAAAGAGUUCUUGAAAGGCCUCCAUGACUAUGCUGUGUUGAUCGAGAGAGAAGAAGCUGAAAAGAUUUUCAAAGUCUUUGAUAAAGACGGAAGUGGAACAAUAGACUUUGAUGAAUUUCUCUUAACAUUAAGACCUCCUAUGUCUAACGCAAGGAAAGAAAUCAUUCUGCAAGCCUUCCGGAAGCUAGACAAGACCGGGGAUGGUAUUGUCACCAUUGAAGAUCUACAAGGAGUCUACAAUGUAAAACAUCACCCCAAGUACCAGAAUGGAGAAUGGACGGAAGAGCAAGUUUUUAGGACAUUUCUAGAUAACUUUGAUUCACCCUAUGAUAAAAAUGGGCAGGUUACACCAGACGAAUUCAUGAACUAUUACGCAGGCGUCAGCGCUUCAAUCGACACCGAUGUCUAUUUCAUCGUGAUGAUGAAAAAUGCUUGGAAAAUCUGAUUGUAGAAAACAAGACUUCUUCUUCCUACUCCGCCUCUUCUGAGCACCUCCUAAGCCCAACAUGCAGGACAGUGUGAUUAUAUUCCAUGCAGUAACUUAGAAGAAAAAAUAGUUACUAUUCUCAUUAUGCCCGUUGUUUUAGCAAGAACCAAUAUCGGGGGCAGAGCAGCACAUUACUUCAGCAAACAGGAGUUCCCAAUUUAAAUCAUGCAACUAAGGGAUUGGAGGCAUUUUCAGGGGAGAAGUGGGGGUCAAAUUGGAAAGCUUAACCGGCCCUGCAGCUGCUGCUUCUCAACUCAGAGCCCCUCCUCUUACCCCACUUGUUUUGCCCCAUUUCUCCCCCACCACCCCAAGGCUUUGAGUUCAUAGCCUUUCCAGAGGAGGAAAAAAGUGCUGGGAGAGAUCGAAAGAGUAAAAGUGAUGGGUAUGGAAGGGUUAAGCACAUACUUCUCCCCUAAGUGUUUUAGGGGAGAAGCGCUUUUGCUUAGCAGAAAGCGGUUCCACUUAAGCACGGUGUGG